AUGGAACAGAUUAUUUGUGAAAUGUCUUAUGAUAUCUCAAGGAUCAUUAAGGUACCAUGGAGCACAGUGUGGAAAAUGCUCAUCAAUGAUGCUUUUAGGGAAUUCCAGGAUGUGUGCACAAGUACUGCCUUGACGGAAUGUGAUUUCUCAGAUCUUUCCAUAUAUGGUGAGCACACCUUGCGAGUCAGGGCUGAACUUGCAGAUGAGCAUUCAGACUGGAUUAACAUCACCUUCUCUCCUGUGGAUGACACCAUUAUUGGACCUCCUAGACUGCAAGUAGAGGUGUUUGCUACGUCUUUAUAUAUACGUUUCACAGCCCCUAAAACUGCGAAGGACCUUGAAACAUGGACUGCAAGGAAUAUUUAUGACUCAUGGGUUUAUAAUGUGCAAUAUUGGAAGAAUAGCUCUGAUCAAAAGUAUCUAGUUACUACUGAGUAUGACUUGAAGGUCCUCAAAGAUCUUGAGCCAUGGACAGUGUACUGCGUUCAAGUUCAAGUGUUUCUUACCGAUCGAAACAAAACCGGUCCAUGGAGUGAGCCUGUCUGUGAGCAGACCAAGAGUGACGAAACAGGCCUGUCCUGGCUCAUCAUCGCCGUGGUCCUCAUAGUCUCCAUUUUCGUGGCCUGCCUGCUUCUCUUCGGCUGCUUCGCCCUGCUGUGGUACAUCUACAAGAAGACCAAGCAGGCCUUCUCCCCUGGGAACUCGCUUCCGCAGCACCUGAAAGAGUUUUUGAGCCACCCUCAUCACAGCAGGCUUCUGUUUUUCUCCUUCCCACUCUCUGAUGAGAGUGAAGUUUUUGACAAACUGAGUGUCAUCACAGACGCCUCCGAAAGCAGCAAGCAGCCUGGGUACAGCUGCAGCCUCCGGACCCUGUCUGGGCAGGACUAGCCCUCAAGGUAGCCUCUGAGGAAGGGGGCACACUCUGGUGGGCACAGCAACCCCCUACUUCUCACAGCUGCCUCUCAGGGUGAUCAGAGCAACAAACGUGGGCUGAGACCACCUGAGCAAGCCCCAGUAAGAACUCUCAGAUGCUGGGACCAUGUCUAAACAACCGAAGAGCUAGAUUUUAAAGGCUUACUUGUCAAAAAUACUCUAUCUUGGGAACUUGCCACUUGAUAAAGGCCUUAAUGAUUACAAAAUAGUUGGCCACCGCGGACAUAAUUUUCAGCCUCUUACGCUCACUAAUAUAAGGAGCAGGUUUUGAUUGUGAGAAAUAAAAAUAUUUCAAAGGAGGAAUAAAAACAGAUGGUGUAAAAUCCUACCAGACUGCCAAUAGACUGAUCUAAAAAACCACCUGACCUGAACAGUGGUCAGGAAGGGCUGUACAGAGCACAAGCUUUCUGGAUUCUCAGGGAUGCUUCGACUGGGUUUUGGUUCUUUACCUGUACCUGUUUCAUAUAGUGCUGGUGCUCUAUUAAAAUUUUAUUCUCUAA